GUGCUACAGUUAGGUAACAGGAUAGGGCUCAGUUGGCCAUUUCAGCAGACCUAGGCAUUGGAAGCCACCCUUCACCAAAGAGCACUGGCUGUAAUUAUGGAACUCCCUCAUGCAUGCAUUGCAUAUAUGUGAGGGAUGACAACUCAAGGCUGCAGACUGUAGCGUGCAGCAGCGAAGCCAGUCAAAUCAGAUUUCUCCCAUUUGAACUUUGCUAAUUCCACAGAGGUUUCCUGCUUUCUGUGCUGCUGAAUGCAUUUAUUAGAAGCAGCAGGAACCUAGCAUUUGAAAAGCUUUGACUCACAGGAGGUGAAAGUUUGAGCAUCAGUAAAAGCUUUUUCUGCUUGGAGUGUAAAGCUUUAAACUACAUAUUUGAUAGAUUCAUCAGCUCCUCAUUUUCCUACUUCCUGGCCAGGUCUGCUCCUGAGGCCUGACCCAGUCUCCAUUCCUUGCUUUAAGUCACAGGCUUUGUCACCUUUUGAUGCCAUGUCAGGAAGAUCAUCCGUGCAUCAUUUCAACAUCAACUAUAUUUGUCUCCAAAGCUUCAGAUUCUGUUUCAUUGAAAACAAAAUUAGCUUUCUAGCCUGCCUAGUCAUAGAGAACCUGUAAACAUGAAUUAAGUGUAAUCUAAUGCAGUGAUAUCUGCCUGAAUCUACAGAAAGCGUUAAACAAUUGAUCCAAUAGGAAUGAACUAGGGUACACAUGCUGUAGGGACUUGCUGGUUCAGCAUCUAAUUUUUGAAAGCCACAGACACCCUGUAUCAGUGAAACCAGUGAAGAUUCACAAGUGGUGAAUCUGCAAGUGAGUUAUGCAGGCCAUCUCAAACAAAUGCUAAUAAAACAAGAUAGAUCUAGGUAUAAUGGAAGGAGAUAUGAUACACAUUUAACAAUUAAUAGCUAAACCAGAUGCAUGUAAAACAUGUUCCUUUCUUCUGGUUACUAAUGAUAGAUAGAAAGCAGCUGAGAAAUGAUCCACUUACAGAAAGAAACCAAGUUCAAAAGUUUAUUGGGGUCUCACCACAUUGUAAUUCUGAUUCUUUAAUAUUUGAUCAUAAGAAGGGGUUUUGGUGUCUUCCCUUAGAAGAAGGAAAAAUAAAACAUGUAGAAGAGGCCAAAGAUCAAAAAUAUCCAUCCAUCAACUUGAAGUGCAAGUCUUUUCUCUCAAGUUACUUCAGAGAUCACAAAGUAGAACUGUCCAAUCUGCUGUACAGACUGGGACAAUCUCCAUCCUCAUGGCUGAGGCAGGAGGCACAAAAAGUGAGGUAA